AGGACUGCCUGAUGUGUAAACAUGAAGAACCACACUUGGGUGACAGAAUUUAUCCUGCUGGGAAUUCCUAAUAGUUCGGGGCUGGAGACCAUGCUCUUUGUCCUCUUCUUUGUCUUCUACCUCUUUACCUUGCUGGGGAACCUACUCAUCUUCCUCACAGUUCUGGCUUCUCCCCAGCUCCACACACCCAUGUACUUCUUCCUGGGAAACCUGUCUGUCUUCGACAUCUUCUUCCCCUCUGUGAGUUCUCCCAAAAUGAUGCUCUAUCUCCUGGGGCAAAGCCGGACUAUCUCUUACCAGGGCUGUGCCUCCCAACUCUUCUUCUACCAUUGCUUAGGCUGUACCGAGUGCUUUUUGUACACAGUGAUGGCCUAUGACCGCUUUGCAGCCAUCUGUCACCCCUUGCGUUACACGGUCAUCAUGAGCCCUCGCGUGUGUGCUGUCCUGACUGUGAGCACAUGGUUGGGGGGCUGUCUGCAUGGAAGCGUACUCACCUUUCUUGUCUUCACACUGCCUUACUGUGGCCCCAAUGAGGUGGACAAUUUCUUCUGUGACAUCCCUGUAGUGCUGCCGCUGGCCUGUGCAGACACUACACUGGCCCAGACUGUGAGUUUCACCCAAGUGGAUAUUGCGACUCUGUUGUGCUUUUUCCUCAUCCUUACUUCCUAUGUGCGCAUCAUCUUUUCCAUCUUGAGAAUCAGCUCAGCCGAGGGCCAGCGCAGGGCCUUCUCCACCUGCAGUGCCCACCUGAUCUCCAUCCUGUUUUUCUAUGGGCCUGUGAUGCUCAUCUAUCUCAGGCCCACCUCCAGCCCCUGGCUGGAUUCGGUGAUUCAGGUGUUAAAUAAUAUAGUCACUCCUUCCCUGAAUCCUUUGAUUUACACUUUGAGAAACAAAGAAGUGAAAUUGGCCCUGAGGAAGGUGUUAACUCAAGUGGUCCACAUUUCUAGGGUGUAA